AUUCAAAAUGACUGGCCGUGGUAAAGGAGGCAAAGGAUUGGGAAAAGGAGGAGCAAAACGUCAUCGUAAAGUAUUGCGUGAUAAUAUCCAAGGUAUCACUAAACCAGCCAUUCGUCGUUUGGCUCGUCGUGGUGGUGUAAAACGUAUCUCUGGAUUGAUCUACGAAGAGACCCGUGGUGUACUCAAGGUUUUCCUAGAAAACGUCAUUCGUGAUGCAGUCACAUACACCGAACACGCCAAGAGAAAGACAGUCACUGCCAUGGAUGUUGUCUAUGCAUUGAAACGUCAAGGACGUACUCUCUACGGUUUCGGAGGUUAAGCUCUACAUCAGCAAUAAAAAAAUCGGCCCUUUUCAGGGCCAUCAAAUUUAUUCAACGUUUACUUAUGAUUCAAUUUUUAACAUUAUAAUAACAGUUCUAUAAAUAUAAUAUUUUACAGAAUUUUAUAA